CACGAGUGCUGCCACGGUGUGUUAAAGGUGAAUGGUGUAACUAAAAACUUACCCAUUCUCUUAAAUGGAGGUCGUGUUUCUAUCUAUGCAAGUGGAUCUCGCACAUAUCUCAACGCUGAUUUUGGCCUGAGUGUAAUGUACGAUGGACAGUACACAGUGUCUAUCUCUGUGCCUUCAAGUUACAGAGGGAAAACAUGUGGACUUUGUGGAAAUUUCAACGGCAAUCCAAAUGAUGACUUCCGCACCCUGUCUGGAAUAGUGGUCACCACUCCACAAGAAUUUGGGACAGCGUGGAAAGUGGCAGGCAACUACACCUGCAGUGAGGGCUGUGGCUCCUCUUGCCCACAAUGCACCAAUGAGCUGCCUGCUAGAGCACAGUGUGAGGUGAUUCGGGCAGCUGACGGUCCCCUCAGCUUCUGCCAUGAGCAUGUGGACCCAGCGCCAUAUUUCAAUAACUGUGUGUUUGAUGUUUGUGUGGCCGGAAAUCAAGGCCAAGAUCUUCAGUGUAGGGCCAUGGAAACGUAUGUCAGUGCCUGUCAGUCUGCUAAUGUUCGAAUCUACCCUUGGAGACAAAACACCUGCAGACUUGACUGUCCAGCCAACAGCCAUUAUGAGCUGUGUGGUACUGGCUGUGGCCACACCUGUGCCAGCAGCAUUAAUGCAACCUGUGAGCAGGUUUGCUCUGAAGGAUGUUUCUGUGACGAGGGCUUCCUCAUGAGUGGGACAAGAUGUGUCCCUGUAGAAAGCUGCGGAUGUCAAUAUGACGGCUUCUACUACAGUGCUGGUGAGUCCUUCUGGACCGAGGGUUGCUCCCAGCGAUGUGAAUGCUAUGCUCCCAAUGACCUGCGCUGUUCGGCUGUAUCUUGCACUUCUGCACAAGAGUGCACCAUCAGAAAUGGUCGGCGGGGCUGUUUUGAUGCAAUGUCUUCUCCUUGCACUGUGUGGGGGGACCCACACUACAUCACCUUUGAUGGGGCACUGGCUCAUUUCCAGGGCACAUGCUCUUACAUCGUUACUGAGAGUGUGAGCCACGGCACCAAUGAAACACAGUUCCAGGUAGUAGCCACCAAUAAUCACCGUGGCAACAACCACGUGUCGUUUGUGUCAGCAGUGGAUAUAUACCUCUCAAAACAAGCAAAGAGAGUGCAUGUCAGGAUUGGACCCAACCAAAUAGUAAAGGUAAAUGGAAGUGAAGUGUCUCUUCCCGACACUGUAGGAACAUUAGCUCAGGUGGUAAGGCAGGGAAGCUACAUAGUGGUCAAUGCCAUUGACUUGAUAGUCCAGUUCGACGGGCAGAGUACUUUACUGGUCAGAAUAGCCCAACACCGUCAAAACCGAGUCACUGGGAUGUGUGGAAACUUCAACAGUAAUCCUGCAGAUGACAAAGUCUUGCCCAAUGGCACAUUGGCACAAAACGACAAUCACUUUGGACACAGCUGGAAGUCAUCCACAAGCCAACCAGGGUGUGGAUCCACCGAUGAAAGGAGUGGUGAAGGAUUGAACAACUGUCCCUUCAUAGAAGAAUACUCUCAGCUCUGUAGUGUCAUCACAAACAGUAGCGGCCCAUUCAGAACCUGUCACCUGCAGUCUGACCCACAGCCAUUUUUCAGUUCCUGUGUCUACGAUCUCUGCCUCUACACUCCAGCCAAUGACAUGCUGUGCUCUGCAGUCUCAGCCUAUGAGAAAACCUGCUCUGUUGUGGGGUUAAACAUCCCGGAAUGGCGCUCUGCUUUGCAAUGUGCUGGUUCAGACCCCUGUGAACAGCUGAACUGCACAGAGUAUGAGUGGUGUGGUAAGAAGGAUGGUGUGUACGGUUGCUUCUGUGAUGAGCACUACCAUCGGCGCAACAAUGAGAGCUACGACUCGUCCAUCACUUGUGUCAGUAGUUCAGGCACCAUGUCCGUGUCACGCUGCCAGCUGUUUGAAGCUGGGUUCCACUCCAACGCCCUCCAUCUAAAAGAUAACUUCUGCAAUGGGACUCUUCAGAAUGGACAACUGGUGUUCAACUUCAACAACGAUGAUCAGCUGUGUGGGACAACGCUUAGGAGCAAUGGAACACAUUUCAUCUAUGAGAACGCCAUCCAGGGCAACGUGGACCCUCAUGAAGGUCCAAUCAGCCGCCAGAGAAGCAUUCAUCUGCGUUUCUUCUGUGAAUACCCUCUGACCCAGGCCCUGUCCAUGGCUGUGGGCAUCAAUCCAAUAGAGAGCAUUGUGAGGAAGAAUCUUCCAGUGGGCCACGGACAGUAUCAUAUGAGAAUGAUCCCCUACCAAGACGCUGGCUUCCGCUUCCCCCUAACCAGUACCAGGAACGUAGAAAUAGAAAUCGACCAGAGGUUGUAUGUGGAGGUGCGGACAGAAGGAGUCGACCAAAGGCAGAUCUCCACCGUUGUGGACUCUUGUUGGGCAACGCCUGUCAACCUUGCCAACUACCCUGUCCACUGGGAUCUCAUAAAUGCAGAGUGUCCUAACCCAGCAGAUGGAACAGUAGAGAUGGUUCAGAAUGGCAUCUCCACUGUGUCCCAAUUCUCCUUCAAGAUGUUCACCUUUUCAAACUUUUCAUCCAUCUACCUGCACUGCCAGGUCCACCUUUGUCUUUUAAGAAACAACAACUGCACAGCUCACUGCUACCCAGGUUACCCCAGGCGUGUUAAGAGGGACGUAUCCUACCAUGCUACUAUAGACAUCUCACUAGGACCACUAACCCUGGGGCCACACAUGAGAGGAAGAACAGUGACACCGAGCAGGGCUACAGGUCAUUUGACCUCACUGAUGACCCUGCUAGUCAGUUUGCUGACAGCCAAAACUCUGGUCUAGGCGGAUCAAUGGUGAUCUAUGUUGUAAAAUGACUCAACAUAUCUUUGCUUUUAGAUUGUAUUUCUUUUCUAAAGUCCUUGUCCUUGAGUUGUGUUUUGUUAUUUGUAUGAAGGGGAAAAGUAGAAUAAGGUUAUUGCUUUAAAACAGUAGCCAAUGUGCAGCAUGUAUUCACUUUGCAAGGUGUUAAUUGAUGAUAUCCUUAGUUUCUUUGUGGUGGUUCUUUUCAUUAAAUAUCAUAUAAUAACAUAUAAGAAGUAAUCAUGUAAUCAUCUAUAAUGAAGGUUAAAAUUACAAAUUAAAGUGUUUUAUGCAUGGAGUAUUAACGU